UUUUUUUUAUUAUUCAAACAACAUUUAUUUCUCAUUGUUUAGCAUCUAUUUUUUCUUGUUUAUAAACAAAGAAUUACAACAUGAAACACGUGCAUUUUAACAUAAAUAUAUUUAGAAAAUGUCGAAUUUCGUGAAUUAGUGAGAGAAAAAACCACAAAAACAAUUGUUGAGGUGUAGUUAAGUUGACAUAUCAAUCACACAUAUUAUUCUACUCAGAUUUAUUAUUUGAAAAGAAGAAAAAUGCGAGGGAAAAAGAUAAUAAUCACAGGUGAAGAUGUGAAGCUACUUGUGAAUAUCUUUGGUACAAUCGGAGUCACCAAUGGUCGCCCAUAUCAAUACAAGGUUGAAGCUUGGACAAAUGAAAACGAGAAACAUGAAACAAAGGUUGUAGCAACCGAAGGAGAUCCUGAGUUUGAUGAAGAAUUACAACUUUUUCAAGAUCAGAAUUUUCCCGUAGAAUCUUUAUAUGUAGAUGUUUUCAAAACGAAUUCAACUGGUACCUAUUUCGUUGGGAGAAGAGUCACAUUGUUGCCAACGGUUAAAGGGGUUGAUUUUUACCGUGAAGUUAACCUCUCUGGUCCUGAGGAAACCGGAUUUCUUCAAUUGUCACUUACUCUCAUGGAAUUUGAGAUACUUGGUUAUGUUCCUUCAUGAUUUAUCAUCUGUAUGUGGUUGUGAAUUCUUAAUUUGAUAUUGUUAUGAAUAAUGAAUAAUGCAUACUGAUAAUAAGUUAUCAUAAAUUAA